AUGGUAAUCCAAGCUAUCGAGGACGCAUUAAACCGUUCUGUUGUGACAGUGCUCGAUACAGCUCCUGCAACAGGGCCUAAGGAGCAUGCUGAUAUAAAACAGCCAAAGACCAAUGAUGAAUUACGUCAAGUAUGGCCGAGAAAGUAUGGUUUUCAAUUGACUGGCUUCAAAAAAAUCAAACCAAGAGUCAUCGGUGCAGUCCCUCCUGAAUGCAUUCGACAAUUGAUGCUAGAUGUUAUCAAGCAAAUACGUCUUGAUCUUAUGGAAAGAGCUGACCGCACUGGUGGUGCUUUUCGCCAUGUCUUCCUUUCAAAGACUGAUGAAGAGAUAAUCGAUAAGAUCUUAUCACUUUCUAAAAAGGAAAUGCUGAAAGAUCUUUUACGACUUAUUGAUGGUAGAGGAUACAAUUGGGAUGAAUUCCUUGAGACCUAUCCGAGCGUAAGCGACAGUACAUACUGUGGCAUUUACUUGAUCGGAGUCAAUUGGCAAGAGGAAACGUUGGCCCAUUUCGGCUAUAGCAAAAACACAAAUUUGGUCGAUGGUUUAUAUGUUGGACUUACGACAAAAAGUUUUACUGCACGUCAUACAUCGCAUACAAGGGAGGUGAAAAGUUCAGCACUUCUGACAAAGUUGCAAUUGCUACAGGACAUCGCAGGUCUGAAUUUGAACAAGAACUUCUUUCACUAUAUUGGCCUCAUGCAAACAACUCCACACAAGAUCGAGAAAGAUCCAUUCAUGCGCGAUUUAGAAAGAGCAAGAGUUAGAUCCGACUGUAAAGAGAGUGCGGUAGAAUGCUUUUUAAAAACAGCAGAAGCAGUUUUCAUUGCUAUGUUUUGGGCUUGUCAAACAAAGGAUUGGUUGAAUCACUGUCUACGCAAGUGUAUGCCUUUUGCCGAUCCUAUCAUCGGACUGAAUGCAGUCCCGUCUUUCCAUUUUGGUGAAGUGGCCAACAUGACAGCUUAUACUCAGAAUCCUCGUAUUGAAGAGAAGAAAGAUCAAUUCAGAUGCUACAGCUUCGCUCAACUCUAUGAAAUCCAGGAAUCGGUAUUUAAAGAGCUCAUGCGUAGAAGCGAUGCCAAGCGCAAAAGUGAUCUAGAGCAGAACGACGAAGAAAAGGAAGGAAAAAGUACGACAGAAAAUAGAUUCAAGCGACUUGCCGAGACUAUUUGUGCAGUAGUAAUCCCUAAACGACGUAAAGUCAAAGAUGAAAGCCCUUCAAUCUAGACAGCCAUAUUGUCAAGAUGCAUCAAAAGAUUCUCCCCGUUUCAAAGUCUUCCCAGUCGAUCUCAGUUCAACUCCACAACGUAUGAUCAAUUCUUCCAUCGUCUUCAAAUCGGUUUGUGUCCUCACUUUCUUGGUACAUUCUCUUGUAAUGGUGUUUUCGGCCUUUUUUCCGUUCCAUCCUGUAAUAUACACAUCCUGUAGCAUAUCCGUACCGCCGCUUCGAUCAUCCGAAUGUACACUACUGUAGCUUAAUCUCCAAUCCAAUUCCGCUAGAACGUCUCAACCCCACAAAAGGAAGCUUUGAACUUAAUCAAAACAAACAACGUGGUCUUGAGAGAAAUUAGCGUUUGCACCAAGUGUGAG